GAACAAUAGGGCGACCACGUUUUCCCCAGUUCCCCCUUCUGCAACAAGAGGUCCAUGACCAUACUCUCUCUCUCUCUGCCUGGGGCUCUGGCAAGAACUUGGCUCCUUUCAGGCGGCAUCCGGAGCGGGCCUCUCGUCUUAAUUGGGCUCGAUCUUGGGAGACCAUCUUUGAUCGGGCUUUGUGCGUCGCGCAACUACAGGGUCCUCGCCUGUGCUCGCGUGGUUUUCACGCGAGGCGAUACACAUCUGACCCGAUUUACCCGAGGCUCGGUGCUCAGCAGACGGCUCGUAUCGAAACUUUCCACAACCCUAUAGUUUUUUUGCUUUGCCAACUCCUCUUGGUAGCAUCUCCGAAGUUACGCCCUCGGUCUUUGUAAGAUCAUCUCGGUCGUUACCUCCUGGGGCAGGGCUGUGCUGUCCUGCGGUGCAUCACUGAUCCCGAGAGAGUAUACAUUACAUAGGCUCGUGCACACCAAUUUCAAAACAUGUUGCUAUCCUAUGGAGACAACGCUGUUCUCGGUACCUAAUCCUAUGCGCUGCCUGGGCUACCCACUCGUUUCUGUGAAGAUCCCCUGCUUGAUCAGCUCUGCAACCGCAGCGGUGACAUCCGCUCUGAGGUCAUGUCGCCAGAUUGGGCCCAAAACUCCUUGAAAAUGACUUUGCAUGUCGUUUUUCUGGUACCCGGGAAGCCCGCAGCGCUCAUAAUGAAGUCCGGCUGCAAAACUUCGAUUCCAGACCAUCUCAGCACGCGGUCGACGGAUGCAGUCGUAAACAGCCAGAAUGGACUGUAUGUCACGUGUUUCAGCAUGUCGCUUGAAUGACCGAGUCUCGUUGACUGACCUGCAGAUUGGAGAGAGUCGUCUGAGGGUGACCGAGCAACUUGCAGAGAAGAAAAACGUCCUCGAAUCCUUGUCCAACUCCCGAGCCGAGAUGCGGACACAUGGCGUGGGCCUGAAAAUCUUCCGAAUCAGCCCAGAAUAGCCGAAGAAGGGACGCAUACUGCAUCUCCGACCAGGACGACUCUGUCUCGCGAGUAUCUGUCCAGCGGUUUCAAAUGAUGGAUGAACCAUUUGCUCGGCUUCUCCAUGUGUUGGACGAUCGUCUGCACGUCAGGGCCCCAGUCUGCAUAUUGGUCGACGAGCUCUUGCUGAGGCACCCGCUGAACCCACGAUCCGGCGACUUGGACAGAUCCGACCGGAACGCCAGUUUCGGUAACAAAAGCCACGACGUUGAUCUACAUAAGCAGUUGAGACGAGGGCAGUCCGAUAAAGGCGUGUCUACCUUUGUGCGCUUUUGGAUGGGGAAAGCGAUGAUGUGCUUACACGGGUUUCAGCGAUCCCACAACACACGUGUCGGAGCUGGCCUUGACCUACCUUGCCAAUGCCCACGAAGUUGAACGUGCGGCUGAUCAGAUCUGUUCUCACGCCGGCUCCUUUCAAGACAUCCCAGGGAACAACUGCUCGAUAUGCAACCGUAUUUGUGAAUUCGAGCGCUUCCUUGUUAUCUUUCCCAGUCACGAAGGUCCUGGAUGAACUGUGGAUGCCGUCUGCUCCAAUAACCAGAUCAGCUUCGUGUGUAGUGCCGUCCGAGAAGUGGAUAGCGUAGGCGGAUGUUCCAGGGAUUGUGGAGAUGGAUGUGAGCCGUUUCUUGAAAUGCAUGUGGCUGGGAUCAGGAAUUAAAGGCAACACCGCGUCAAGAAAUGUCGGCCUGAAUAUGUUGAGCUGUUUAAUUUGACAUGCGCGUGAAUUCAGACAGACCUGUAAAUGCCAACACCUCCAUCCUGAGCUCCGCAGUCAGGCUGUAAUAGUUUCCAGUCUCAAGUCUUGUCAACGGGCGAUUACGCACGCUAUCCCGGUAGUCGUACAGCACUUGAUGGUCGCCAGGGCCAGAAACGAACAGCAUCCUACGAUCCGUGUGCUCAGAUGCUUCGAGGAGAUUCAUGAUUGAGCUGAGAAUCCCAAGGUCAUCCAGAGCUCGCAAGGCAUUUGGUCCUGCCAGGACCUCAGAAGUGGGUUUGAAAGCCGGGUAGAAGAGAGCACGAACCGAGACCGACACCAGCCCCGACUUCUUCGAACUUGGCCUAAAAGCAGUGAGACGAAUUUUACUCCCAUCGGCACAGAGUCUCUACGCACAGUAGCUUCAAAUAGAUCGGCAUGGAUGCCUGCGCGCGCCAAACCGACGGCACAGGCUAGCCCACACAUCCCACCGCCGAUAAUGGCCACCCGGAAGUCCUUGCUAGCUUGGACUGGAGAUUCCGCAUAAGAGUCCAUUAGAGCAAUGGCAAGAUGCGUGGAAGAGUGUGCUCGGUUUACUGCGCCUUGGCUGUUCCGACCCCCAAGUUCUCGGCACCACUGUGCCGAGGAUACAAAUAGCCCAUUUCGCACACGUGAAACUGGCCGAUUUCAUAGAGUACUUUGAGGAUGAAUCACAGGCUGUGGUCGGAUGAGGUGUCUCAGGAUGUAAGGGAAUGUUGCAGUCAAUUGACUCGAAGUGCUUGAGCAAAGGUGGACGAGAUCUGGCGGAUGAGCUGAGUCCGCAAGACACCGAGGAAGAAUAUGGGAACCAUCGGUGUGAGUUAUUUCUUGCAGCCUACUUGGCUAUCUUCAAGCAUAUUAGAGUCGCAAAGCUGAUCAGGCAUGAGUUACAGCGCCGCGGCAGUCAUCACGCGCAAGGCUUCGGGCUCUUCACGUGACCGUGUAACUCGAUCAUAACUGGGCCAAACACUACAUCACUAUAAAUUUUUGUCUCGAAAAUGUAGGAUCAUUGCGUCCUUCUUCCACUGUAAGUACCUCAUCUCCUCUCGAUCUCUUCCCUCCUUUCAUGUGAUGACUUUAUUCUCUUCCCCGUCUUACACGACCAUGCCGAGACACAGAGACGUCUGUUCGCAACAGACUCGUGUCCUUCGGGGCACACAGUGUACUUGCCAGUGCCAUUUCGUCUGAUCUCCUGCUUAUAUCUUCGCGAUUUCGAGCCCUAUGCUAACUGCAUUCCUAUUCAGUGUUCCCCCGCCUGGCUUCCGUCCUCUUCUCGGGCCAUUUGUUUUCUAUGCUCUUUUUCCACUUAAGUGUCAGUUGUGCUCCGUCCUGUUUAUAUUCCCCCUCCAUACCACGUUGAACCCAAAAGGCGUUGGUCGAGCUGUGGGCUGCCUUGCGGUACGCUGGCAGGUUCGGAGUUGGCACGAUGAGAGUCUAACGACCUUCCUUUGGAUGUCCCAAGACUGGUUUUAUGCUAAUCAUGGGUCAAGUAGCAGUAGUACAUGUGUGAUAGUUUGUACGAGUAUUGAAUCGAACAUAGUCUACUCAAAUAUUGUGGGCGUCGUCUGCUGUCUGCUCCGAUGUCUCGUCAGCAAAAUACAUUCUUGGAGGUAGUGUUCGUUGUGAAAGUUCCCUUCUAACCCGGGGAUCGAAGCGAGUGGGUGCUGAUAUGGAUGAUGUAUAUCUUGUAAUAGGAGGUAGGCCGAGGCUUUGUCUGACUUCUGUCCAUCUUCCAGGCAUUGUGUGGAUAGGUUGAUGUAGUCUUGACGUGUGCAAGUGUACGAGGAUAGAUACCAGACUUGUCAGGGUCAGGACUAAUGCGAGCACGAUGACGAUAACGGGUGUGUGGACGUGGUGAUUGAGUUUAUGCAUCGUGUUGUGUGCGACGAGCGGAGUGGCGGGAUCCGGAUUAGAACCCAAAGUCGCCGCGGACAGCGCGCUAUGGCGUGCAGGUGAUGGCAAAUGGCGAAGACGCGUCUGUCACUUAAGUCACGAUGCUGGCUCUCGCUUCGGUCUACUUUUCCACAGCCAGACUGCAUGCUCGCCCGACUCGCUCGGCAGCGGAUCUCUCGUCCUCUGAAUUCCUCUGUGCCAUGUCCUCGAAGAUGGGCGAGCGACAAGGCACCGCCGCCGCAACUGAGAAGUAGUUUCGAUUCAGCCCCACGGGUGCGAGCGAAGCCCGCUGCCUCCGACUCUAUGAAGUACGACACUGCGGCAUUCGACCCCCCUGCCUGGUUCGCGUACUCGCCCUGGUCUAGUCAAUUUGUUGGUGGGAUGCAGGGGAGAGUCAUGAUCCAGAGUCUGUUGUACGCAUUGCUCAUCGUGGCCGCGACCAACUAUAUCGACUCCGAGCUGUUCCCUUCCAUCCAGUCUGAUGUUGCGAAAUACGCGUCACCACACGAACUUAAGCUCGCCAUCAUAUCGCUUCAACAGGCAUUCCCGGAAGAGGGGAGGGUAGACACGAACCCCGAAGUGUUGAAGAGCGCAGGAUCAUCUGACAAUUCGUACCAUCCUGCCGCUCCUCAUUCAGUUCUCGUCCGACCGCAAUCCACGGAGGAUGUCGUCAAGGUCGUCAAGAUCGCGCGCAAGUUCAAGGUUCCAAUCAUACCGUCUUCGGGGGCGACAAGUCUCGAGGGACAUUUCUCUGGUCACCCUAGCGGCAGCAUCUGUUUGGAUAUGUCCGGAAUGGACCAGAUUCUCCAAAUCAAUGUGGAUGAUUCCGAUUUGAUAUGUCAAGCUGGAGCCCGCUGGGAAGAUAUCAACCAAACACUCAAGGAGAAGGGUAUCCCGCUGUUCUUUCCCGUGCGUUCAUUUGUUUGGUCUAUCGGAUGGAGUAAUAAUACCUGGAAGCUCGAUCCGGGUCCUGGUGCUACCAUCGGAGGCAUGGUGGGAACCGGAUGCAGCGGCACUAACGCAGUCAGAUACGGCACAGCUAAGGCUGAAUGGUUCCUGAAUCUCACGGUCGUGAUUCCUAACGGAGAAGUGAUCAAAACUCGCAGAAGAAGUCGCAAAUCGUCUGCUGGCUGGGAUACGACAAAGCUUUUUAUUGGGGCUGAAGGGACACUCGGAAUUGUUACGGAGGCGACAUUACGACUGGCUCCUGCCCUCCCGACGAAAGUGGCUAUGGCCCAAUUCCCAGACGUGGGCAAGGCUGUGAAUGCGGUUCAAGAGAUCCUCAAUUCUGCCUACGGAUCCCACGUUCAGUGUGUCGAGCUUUUGGACAAUCAUAUGAUGGAUGCUAUCAACAAAGGUGGCCUCGUUGACAAGCCAUAUCCCGUCACGGACACUCUCUUUCUCAAGCUGCAAGGGGACGAUGCUGCCAUCAAACUUACUUCGAAGACCAUCCAAGCGAUCGUUAAAAAACACGGCAGCAGCAAAUUCGAGUUUGCAGCGACCGACGCUGAAGCGGAUAGCCUUUGGCAGAAUCGCAAGUAUGCUCUCAUGUCAACACUGGCUGCAUAUCCCGGAAGCAAGUGCUGGACGACUGAUGUCUGCGUUCCCGUCUCGAAUCUUCCACGACUCGUCCUCGAAAGCAAGAGAGAUCUAGCAAAUGCUGGGCUUCGCAGCACGAUUGUUGGACAUGUCGGAGACGGAAACUUCCAUGCGCUGAUUCUGUUUGAAGACGACAAGGAGUUGGAAAAGGUAGGUGACGCAGUGCACCGCCUGGUCCACCUUGCGUUAGAUCUGGACGGAACUUGCACCGGAGAACAUGGUGUCGGGGUUGGGAAAAAGGAGUAUCUGACUGAGGAGCUUGGGGAAGGCACCGUGGCCCUCAUGAGGAAAGUCAAGAAAGCCAUCGACCCAGAUGACAUCAUGAAUCCUGGCAAGCUUUUGCCAGAUGAGAAGAGAGCUUGAGCUUGAUAGAAUAGUGAACAUCCGGUCGAUUAUCUGAUGUUUACGGACUGCGAGAAUCAAUUUCGCUCCAACUAUUUCAAGUAAACACUCGAAUCGGAGAUGCACAAUAUUCACUCGGGUGAUAUCCAACCCAGUCGGUCGACAGUGAGCUCCAGCAGGUGACCCGUAAGCGCAAUGUAUGUAUCGGUAUGGCAGUUCUACUGUUACUUGGCUGCAGCCGGAUUACUCUGUUUCCUCUUCUUUUUCUUGCGAGCCGCGUUGCUUUCUGGCACCGUCGAGGCACCGGCUGCAAGAUUAGGCAUGACGGCAUCGUCUUCGCGUGGUCGUUUCUUCUCGUUCUUGUUUUGAGGCUCUCCUGGGCUCUCUUCCAUCGCAACUUCCGGUGCGCUGAAACCUUCUGGUACGACCAGGACGGGUUCGCUAAAGACGGCCCGAUAUGUCUGCCGCGUUUCUGUCAACAAGAGUCAUUCGUAACAGAUUCCAGACAGGGUAAAUGGUGACGAACGGGCGCGUAGUACGAGGGACUUGGGAGACUUGGUGCACGCGCUAUGGGCGGCGUCUUGAGGCAUGUCCAGGAGAGUGAUCCUAUGAUCUAUGAGAUGAGCGAGAUAAGUCGAUGCCCAAGCUGCCCGCACAGGUUCGCAACAUCUCUCGGAGCACGCAGAUCGGCCUCGGCCACAACUCCACCACUGACAACGAUCCCCUUCCCUUUGGAGACGCGUACGAUCUCCUUGGCCGUCGCCCACCAGUUGCGUUUCGCCUGAGGGCCAGUCUCAGCGUACCCUGCCUCGGAGACGAUUGGCUCGUGCUCGCCACCCAGUGCCCCGACGUAGUUGAUCUCAAAUACCGCGCCAUGCUUGAUUGCGGUGCGCACAAGCGUGUGCUUCAUCCGGAAGUCAAGCCGUAGCGUGAGCGGUAGGCAGAUGAUGUGCGCCGUCAGCGCGGAGGGUAGGCUGUGUGUGAGGCACGCAAGUGAAAAGGUCGCUUGAUUAGUUGGAACCAGCGCGAUGAGGUCGUAUGAUUUGAAGAGCGGCGCAUUUGUGGGUAUCUGUGCCCCGAUGAACGAUACAUGCUGUGGAUUGAGGACCAACUAACCAAUCCGAACCCUUUCUCGCUGUCCUGGUCCAAUAUGAUCGUCAGGCGUUUGAGGAACACAACUCCAGUGCGUUUCUUGAGGCUAGAAACAAGACUGUCCAUAGUAUUGACGUGUGUCUUGGGCACAACGGCACUUAGCACAGUCUGAUUGAAGGCAAUAACCGUGUAUCCCACUAAUCGAGUCAAUGCAUAACCAGACAGCCACAGUAACGAGGUACACACGAUGUACCAACAGAUCUACCCGUUCCUCUAUGGAAGAUAUCUGAGCUGGAGAAUACGAUACAUCGCUCAAUUGCUGAGGCUGUUUGCCUUUAUUCUUCUUCGAGGAUGCGUGAGUCAGUUGUGUCGCGUGUGUGACCGGUACGUUGAGAUCGAAAAACAUGAAUAGUGGGUGCUCCGCUUGGAUAAACAGACCAAAUCUUUCUCUGCAAACGGCACGGGGAAAGAUUUUUCGAACUCAGCGGAAAAGGAAAAGGAGAUCGCUCAUUUAUUGAUUGACAGCUUGCACGGACAGCCACCCUCCCUGAUUUACCUCACCCCCGCAGACGGCAUCAAUGAAUUCAGACUUGCGUCCGAGUUUCCCUUCGACCGCUGUACAGCGGGGGACCAGUUGGUGUGGAUACAAGGAGCUCCAAUUCCUCAUUGUCUUCGGAGACUCAUACUCGGACGUUGGUUUCCGACAUCGAGUCGGAUGCCCUAUCCCAAGUGACGACGAGCCUUUGGGAGUGGAGUUCCCAGGCGUGACAUACGCGGAGCAAGGCGAGCCGAACUGGAUCGGCCAUCUAGUGACCAACUACGCGCUUGGCGAACACCAGCUGCUGGUGUACGAUUACGCUGAGGGUGCGUCGAAGGUGUAUGAUGUCAAGAGGCAGAUCGAGAGUUCUUUCGUGAGGCAUAUCGCUGAGAGACCUGCCUGGGCGCCCUGGGAUGGCAACAAUUCCCUUUUCGUGACAUGGGUUGGAAUCAACGAUUCAGCUUUCUCUUACGUUCGUGAACCGGAGGAAACCUGCAUCGACUUGUGGGAGAAGUUGCUCCACGCUCAGGAGACGUUAUACGCUUCAGGCGCCCGAAAUUUCCUUUUCAUCAAUGUGCCACCGAUGGAUCGAUCUCCAGCCAAAAUCAGACGACGAAACUACGUUGCCUGGAAUACGGAGUUGUAUAACGCCGUGCCACGAUUCGCAAAGGCCCAUCCUGAUGCGACUGUAUUCAUCUACUCUGCUUGGGACACGUUCAACGCGCUGCUCGAUGACCCCGUUGGUCACGGCUUCGAGGUUGACGAUGUUCAGAACUCUGAAAGCUCUAUCUGGGUGGAUAGCUUGCAUCCAACCAGCCAUGUCUAUGACUUUGUGGCCCGAGACGUGUCGAUGUUUCUUGGUGCUCAGGGUGCUUCGUAAUUCAGGACGCUCGCUCAAUUUGGACAUUUUUCAUCUGGGUUGUAUAGAACAUUGAUUUUAGGGAUUUGGAUAUCUAGGGUAAAUGUUGUACAUAUGUCUCCGGCCAUGUACUUAUAGGCGUCUGACGCUCAGUUCCGGAAACUGAUUACAGUUUUGUUACAACAACUGUGUCACGGCUAUGUACAGAAUACGAUAUUCGUCCAUUGUCAGAUUGUCUACCCAGUUUUUUAGCUGAAGAGUCCCUUCACUCUUGCUUGGACAGUUUUUUCAUCGAGCUGGAGGGUUUUGAUUCCUGUCUUGCCUGCUCGCCACGACUCGACCAUUGCUUUUGCUUCGACUGGCUGGAUGCUGGGAUCUUUGGUCCCGACUGUGAGG